AUGUCGAAUCUCCGUGACCUGAACCAGCAAAACUCGUUCAUGGAUAUGCUCUCCUCCUUCAACCGUUUCGGUACCGAGCAUCCAUUCUCCGCAGCUUUCAACCCAGAAGCUCGUGACCGUGGUCCACCACCAAGUUACGAUGGCCCUCAACAACCAAGCCGCGAAGCUAACACCCCUCCGUCUUCUGACGAGGACCCGCCUGCCCCUCCGCCACCAGAGGAAGGCCAUCACCCUCACCGUGGACCCUCUCGCGGCCGACACCACCAUCGUGGCGGUCACUGGGGCCGUGGCGGCGGCGGCUGGGGUGGCGGCUGGGGUGGUCGUGGUGGCCACCCUUUCGCUCGCUGUGGUGGAGGCAGAGGAGGCCCGAACUUUGGCGGCUUCGACAUGAACCGCCUCGCUGACUUCAUCGGACAAUUCUCCCCCGAAGCAGCAAAUGAGAUGCGCUCGCGUGAUGCUGGCGAACGUACCGGCGGUAAGGACUUCGCACCCGAGGCUGAUAUCUUCGAUACCGAAGAUGGCUUUGUUGUGCAUGUCUCCCUUCCUGGUGCGAAGAAGGAAGAUGUGGGUGUCAAUUGGGAUGCGGAUAAGAGUGAAUUGAAUAUUGCCGGUGUCAUCUAUAGGCCUGGUGAUGAGGCCUUCUUGAAGACCCUGGCGCUCGAUGAGAGGAAGGUGGGCGUCUUCGAGAGGAGCGUGAAGCUGGGCAGCAGGGAGAGGCCGGCCUUGGUUGAUAGCGAGAGCAUCAGCGCGAAGAUGGAGAACGGAGUCUUGAUUAUCAGCAUCCCGAAGAUGGAGAAGGACUUCGUCGAGGUGAAGAAGGUGGAUAUCAAUUGA